GGCGUACCGAGACGCAUGCAAAAACCACUUUUCCACAUUCCACAGGGGGCUGCCGGCACCCGCCGUACGCUCGAAUCGUGCAUUCUACCCUUGCCUACUCCUUGUAUACCCCUUAUAUAAGGCACCUAAUGCCAGGCCGAGGUGUAGAGCAGCGGGAACACUUACAUCAGGGCCAGGGAGCUGAGAGAGGUGGCACACAAACACUUUUGCACUUUUUCUUCCCAGGGCUUUGGCUUUCUGCACAGACUCCCCGCAUUUUUGCUUCUCACUACACAGGGGAAGGCAGGGUGCUGCGUGCCUAAGCGAUCGCCGCGCCACUAUGCACCGUGUAAUUAAAAGGCAGCGCUGCUAGCUAGUGCACUGCCGGGAGGUAGCCCAACUUUCACCCGACGACACUUCUCGGGCGGGAUCGGGAGGCGCUUAUUAAGCUGAAGCUGCUUUGCGCAAAACGACGGGAGUCCACGGCCGCGAGAGAACAUCUUGGAAGCUGUUGGAAGUUUGCUAAAGCUCUUUCAAAACUGUGCACAUUGAGUAUCCUAAUGUCUGGGGCAUGUCACUAGCUAGAGCUAGGCAAACUUGAACUACAAAGAGUCCAGUAGUCCAUUCAUGCUGCAAGCAAACCUUCGGGGAGCAACUGCAGGCACCACUUUCACCAUUCCUCCAGCGUUACGUACAAAAGACAAACAGUCUGCCCGUUCGGUCCCUUCCCCUACGGCGCAAAGCGUAGCGUGACAUUAUUAUUUCCUAAUAUUUAAAUUCAACAACCGCUUUAUGGACGGUGGACAAACAUCCCCGUGCUGGGAGCCUGUACACACACACACACACGCACAUACACACUCCCACACUGGUUCCGAAGCUGCCAAGACGAGUUUGUUAAUGAACACCUGUCCUGCAAAUUUAAUCCCACACCUUUCCGAUGAGUCAUUCUUGUCCGAUCUGGCUUGCCACGCCACGCCGCGAUGGCUUUAAAUCCGCCCCAUCCCCAAUGCUUGGUGAAUGGGUGAACAUUAAUCAUUGCCAGGCCAGGCUAGUGAUGGGCCGCUUCCUGCUCUGACUGGUAACGGUCCAGCCAACUGGAUAUGUGUUCUCUCGAAGGGGUUCUCAAGGGGUUGUUGUCUGCGCAUUGCGACCCUUACUGUUGUGUCUUGUGCCUUGCGCGAUGUUCAGCCACUAGUAACUGUUUAGUUUUGGACAGUUCAUUUGCCUCAAAACUCCUCUACAACGAGUUACUUGUUGGGAAUCGUUCUGUUCAGGUCUCCCUGGACCGAUUCUUGAAUACGUCCUUAUACACUAGGGACCGUUGUAUUCUUCCAUCAGACUACCAGGCUGCUUCAGAACUCAAUUUUUGCGCCUAACACAUCUAUUUUUGUCUGGAAGUCAACUUUUUUUUUGUCAUGCUUUAGUAGCAAUCAUGAUAAAUUUACAAGGUAUUACAUUAGCAUUCAAAAAAUCAUGUACUUUCAUUGUUUUUAAUUAAAAAUAUCACAUAUCAGGCCAUUGUUUAUGCCCUAAGAAUACAUUCCAACUUAGCAGACUCCACACACGUUUUCCAAUUCUGCAUGACAAAGUUAUUUUUUUUUACAAUUUCUAUUCUUGUAACAUAAUGUCAUUCAUUGUUAAACAAACAGUUUCAAAACUUUGUAAACAAAGAUAUUGAUUGACAGUCAAAAACUAGUGCGUUAAAGGGAAAACCUGUGCCUUAGAGUCAACGUUUAGUCGCAACGAUUGCAACAUGCGUAACUUACUUAGGAAAUCCACUAGUAGUUUUUAUUUUUUUUACAUUUUACAGUAACGCUUCAGGUAACUGCUGUAUCCGUUGCAAAGUAACUGGGUACCAAACAAUCGCUUACUUGUAGCUACCGGUGCCUCGUCGUUACUUUUUAUUAAAGAAAAUCAUCUCUAGAUCCGUGAGCCCUCUUUCCAUUUAUUGCACACAACUUCACUAAAACCUCUGCAAUGAAUAUCGCCGACCAUUUGUCUCUCGUUAGUCUGUCUUUUUUUUUCCUGUUUGAUUAGAAACAAACGGGCGGUCCGGUACCAUACCGCCCGCAGCUGAAUGGCCCAACUCUUGGGCUGCCUAUCGGUGCGCGUGUCACCGUGGUGCUCUGCUAGAAGUUUCAGGCUGGUUCAUGGGAUUUUGCGUUUUUUUUUGUACUGCUUUCCGUGAUAGAUUCCACCCCUUUGCACGGCUCCCCCCCAAACAGCGCCAAAUUAUUCACCUCUCUCUCUCUCCCAUUCUCCCCCAGCUAGCAGACGGGCAGCGGCAGCACAAGUAACACACGAAACAGGCACAACUAUGCACGGUGUUAAGAUUUCCAUGCCGGCAGAAAACUUGUUUGGCAAGCGUAGCCGCUCGGCUGGGCGGCCACGGAAUUUAGCGAACGGUCGGGCUAAGAGGCACUGUGCUAAGUGGCUGCUGCCGCUGCUGCGGUUUGGGCCCCAAGUGGACAGGUUUCUUCCUUUUUUUUAGGACGGAAAAUAGACACCGUUUGUGUGUGUGUGUGUGCAGUCGCAAGGCAGGCAGAGAUGGCAACCGUGCCGCACGUUUGGCUAGCGCUGGCCACGGUGAUCCUGGCCACGAUGCACGGCAUACCGGCCACGGCCAACCGGGAGCACAAGGUGCACAACAUUGUGCUGUACCCGAACAAGCAGUCCUGGUGUACGACGCGCAACAUCAGCCAGGUGAUAACCGAGCCGGGCUGCAAGCAGGUGACGAUCGACAACAACGUGUGCGUCGGCGCGUGCUUCAGCUACUCGAUACCGCACACGGAACCGUCCGAUCCGGGCGAAAUCAUCGGCCCGUACUGCGACUCCUGCCAGCCGUCCGACGUGUCGUACGUGUUUGUGAAGGUGGACUGCACGGAGAGUGGCAACGCGAAAAGCCCGUACCUGUACAAACAGGUGCAGCUCAUACACAACUGCACCUGCACGGCGUGCGACGAGCAGUCGACGCACGGCACGGCCGCACUCGUCACGAGCGACCAGCAGCCGGGCGGGGGCUCGCAGGAGCAUCCGGCAUCGGCGCACGACCAGCAGCUCGGGCACGAUCACCGGCACCAUGCGAAGCACGCGGCCGGGACCACGGUCGAGGCCGGGUCGGAGGAGAGCCCCUCCGACAGUGACAUGAUCCAGGACGACAUACCCGAGAUACUGGAGGUGGUGCACUACAGCGAGAACGACACCGAGCCGAUCCGGCACACGCCCGUGCACGAUCUGCAGUCGCCGCACAGCGGCACCACCUACCUGGAGCAGCAGCAGCUCAACCACUACGAGCACAACAGCCACACCGACAACGUGAAGAAGCUGCUGCACCAGAAGAUCGUGAAGCUGCUGCGUUCGGUGGAGGAGACGAACUCGCACACCGACCGGGCCGAGCUGGUGGAGAUGAUACGGCUGAUCAAGGGCACGAGCGACCGCAACUGGGACGAGCUGGUCGAGAGCCUGCAGUCGGAGAAUGCGAUCCUCGACUUUAACCGGCUCCGGUCGGAGCUGGUCGAGGAGGAGCCGCUCGCGGGCGGCGCCAAGGCGGCCGACCAGGAGCCGGCCGGUUCCGGGCCGCCCGAGUACGCCGACCACCAGCGCCUGAUGCACCAUCAGUACGACGCGCUGCGGCACCGGGCGCACGGCGAGCCGGAGCAGCCGGCCGGCGAGACGCCGAAGCAGCACCAGCAGCCGGCGGGCCACCAUGCGGUCGGCGAGCGGAUCGACGCCCACCAUCAUCUGGGGCGCGGCCCGCACGGCUCGCUGGUGAUACAGGCCGACCGGGCCGACCAGGAGGUGCACCGGAGCAUCCAGAACGGGCACGAGAUCACGGAGAAGAUUCACAUCCCGGCGCACGAGCUGAAGCCGAACCAUGCCGGCACGGUGGUGACGUACGACGGGCACGGUCCGGUGCCGACCACGGCCGGAGCGGUCGGCGCGCUCGGUGACGGGGAGCCGCGGCGCGACCAUCACUUCCAGACGCCGCACAUGCACGCGCGGACGCACCACGGGCACGGCCACGGGCACCAUCAGCAUGCCGAGCAUGGCGACCAUACCGGCCAGCACCAUCCACAUGGGCACGGGCAGCACAAGCCCCACCAGGCGGUACCGGCCACCGACACCACCGAGCAGUGACUUUCCGCCUAACGCAUACUAACACACACCACAGCGUUUAGACAUUAGAGAGCGGCGCCAGGGAGGGUGGGAUGGUUGUGAGCGGUUUCGUGUGAGGAACAAUAAAUGAGAAAGCGUGUGUGUGAGAGAAGAAGAAGAAGAAGAAGAGAGAGAUAGGAAGAAGCGAAAGAGAGUAAUAGAGUAGAUAAUCUACUUCUUGGCAGGGCCAUAACCGUCACGCAGCAAGGGUUUGUGAGCAUUGCGGCAAAUCCAUUUACCGAAUAACUUACAUUUUAAAUUUCUAGUCGCUAGUGGGGUUUUUUUUUAAUAUUUUUGUUGUUGUUGUGUGUGUGUGUGCGCGUGUGGACGUGACUAGUAAUUAUUCAGGCGAGCGGAGUUUAAAAUUUGGCAACAACAUAGUCUAACAGCAACAGAAAAAGAAAGGGACAAACGAAACUAAUUUUUAGGUACGGAUAUAGGCGUUUUUUUUUUCCUUCAUGAAACUGGCUGGCCAUAUUGUUGUGGGUGUAGCUCGUUUGGCGCAGGCGCAGGCACGAUCGUAUUGGUUAUAAGGAAGAACAAAAUUUGAAAAUUAUCCAAACAAAACCCCGUACACACCACCGCCACCACGUACAGAGGAUAUAUAUAUAUAUAUAUACAUAUAUACAUUAAUAUUGCGCAGAAUUCUAAGUACCCAAGUAAAAGCUAGUGUUAAGGACAAGAAAA